AUGAGUAUCCCUAGGUAUGCAGGAUUCAAGAACCAAUCAGAAGGGAAGUAUCUUCAAUACCUUCCUGAAGGUCACCUUAAGGGUAACCUACAAUACUCCUCUAAUAUCGUUGUGAGUUUGUUGACAAAGUUCGCGUUGGAGCCAGCUAAGAAGAGCAGAUAUUGGCACAUAAGAUGUUGCUACAACAACAAGUACUUGGCCUCCUCCAACGACCACAAUCGCUUGGUUACUCCGUCUGUUAGCAAGCCCACUGAAGAUGAAUCCUCACAUCCAUGCACAUUGUUUAAUAUCGUCCCUGGUCCUACUCCAGGGACUUACUAUUUAGUGGAUGUGUUGCUUCAAACCUAUGUAUGCCGAUGUACCACUAGCAAAAUUCACCAGAAUUGCCUCACAACUAGAUAUGACGUCAUUGAAAAACACUCCGACAAACUCCAUAUGUUUACGGACUUUGAAAACUUCAUCGUACUCCCCAAACAUGUCGCGUUUAAGGGCGACAAUGGAUUGUUUCUCGCUGCCUUUUGGUAUAACGAUUGGCCAUAUCUGCAGUUCAAUUCCGAUGACAUUGGAAGCCCGUGGGUAGGCAACGAAGUUUUCAACGUGGGUGAUGGAACUAUCCGAAUAAAAAAUGAUUAUUUUAACAAGUUUUGGAUACGUAAUCCAAACUGGAUCUUGGCUGACACAGACGACACGACUGCGAACGACAAGAACACCUUGUUCUGGCCAGUCAAGAUUUCUAAGAACAAAGUGGCGCUUCGAAGCCUUGGCAAUGACAUGUACUGCAGGAGAUACACUGCUGAUGGUAAGGUGGAUUGUCUCAACUCUCGUGUCCCAUCUAUUAUUAAAGAGGCAGAAUUUGAGAUCGUUGAGCCUAUUAUUUCAAGGGAAAUCUAUAAUUGUAAGUAUCGAACCAUGGAUGCCAGAGUGUAUGAUGAAACGAUAGUAACAAUGGCAAUUGAGGAAGCUGUCAACGGCAGCACGAAGGAGGCGACUAUGGCACUAAGUUUCAAGUACACAGAGGAAAGAACUAAAUCUUGGGAAUCUGUACUGAGCAUGAGUAUGAAUGUGAAGACUUCCGUCACAGCCGGGAUUCCUGAAAUUGCACAAGCUGGGAUUGAAAUCAACCUCCAUUUUGAUGCGAGUUACACGUGGGGCGAAACUAUUUCAGAAACUAAAGAAGUGACGGAAACAUACACUGUUACUGUACCAGAAAAAACAAGGAUGAAGGUGACUCUUCUUGCAACUAAGGCCAAAACCGAUGUUCCAUUUUCCUACACCCGACGAGAUGUUCUCAGGAACGGAAAAAGAGUUACUACAGAGUGUGAUGAUGGUCUUUUCGUUGGAGCCAAUACCUACAAAGUUGUAUAUGAAAACAAGGCUCUGCCUCUCUGA